UUGGUGCCACCAUGUCGUGUAUGGAGCCCCUCUUCUCGUUGUGCGAAGACGAAGACAACGUAGAGAUGUCACCCAUCGCCACGUUUUCGCCUGACCAAUUCCUAAUGGAUUUCUCUACCGUCAUCCCCGUGCUGUGUAACGGGCAACCCGUGGAUUUCGUCCAAGAAGCCACAACCAGCAGUACGCUAUCCCCCGCCAGCGAUAGUUCGGAUGACUUCGAGAUGCCGACCGACGUCCUGGACGCUGCCGAGACACUCCAGCGAUGCGAGCCACUGACUGCCUUCGUUGACAAAGGGCCCGGAGUAACCACAGACCCUACAAUAGAUGAAGAGAUCCAUAGAGAAACAUUUUCAAGUCUUGUAAAGGACGAACUUAGACAGAAAAUAACCGAGAAGCGAAGAUCACGCGGGUUGCCAGAGUUUUUGACAGAAUAUAGACCGACCGUGAAAGAAGAGUUAACAGAAGAAGAAAAAGAGAAGCGAAGAAUCAGACGAGAACGAAACAGAAAAGCAGCCACGAAAUGCCGCCAAAAAAAGAGAGAAAUGGCCCAGAAAAUUAAAACUGAUGCUGGCGAACAAGAACGACGAAACAGUGAACUAAAACAAGAAAUUGAGAUUCUGCAAAGACAAAGACAAGUGCUGACGAAUAUUCUUAUGCAUCAUCAAGAAUCUGACACUACGUGUUAUCUUAGACCCAAAUUCAACCAGAAUACAUUGCCAUCACCCAUCGCCGCGGGGAGUAGCAUGCAGAGAUGGUCGCGCCCUAGUACGUAA